GUUAAAUUUGUGUUUAAUUCAUACUUUCAUAUAUCUUACUCUCUCCUUUGCAUAAACCGGAAAAACACAGCGGGGGUAAGGAAAUUCAAGAAAAACCCCCAAAACCCCAGCAGUCUCUGCUUCCCUUCUCUCACUACAGAUGUAUUGCCUUCGCACGAUUUUAUAGCCAAAGAAAAUUUGAAAAAAGAAAAAAGAACCAUUCAAUCCUCAAUAUGGAUUUGUUUAGGCAGGCUAUUCUGCGCCCAGGGCCACCUGAAGAGUUUGCACUUCGAACUGUUCAAGAAGCAAUAAAACCUCAGAAGCAAAUAAAGCUAGUCCAAGACGAGAAUCAGCUGCUGGAGAAUAUUCUCAGGUCGCUACUUCAAGAACUGGUGGCUGCUGCAGUUCAGGCGGGGCAGAAGAUCAUGGAGUAUGGAAUGUCGAUUGUUGAUGGUGAAUCAAGUCAGGGUCAGAUUCCCCGCCUUCUUGAUAUUGUUCUAUAUCUUUGUGAGAAAGAGCAUGUGGAGGGUGGCAUGAUAUUUCAACUUUUAGAAGAUUUGACAGAAAUGUCAACAAUGAGAAACUGUGAGGAUAUCUUUGGGUACAUAGAGAGCAAACAAGACAUAUUGGGGAAGCCAGAACUCUUUGCACGAGGGAAGCUUGUUAUGUUAAGGACGUGUAAUCAGUUGCUUCGUCGUCUAUCAAAGGCGAAUGAUGUUGUUUUCUGUGGGCGCAUUAUCAUGUUUCUUGCUCACUUCUUCCCCUUAUCCGAGCGUUCAGCUGUAAAUAUAAAGGGAGUUUUCAAUACAUCAAAUGAGACAAAAUAUGAGACACAAGCUCCUGAGGGUAUUUCUAUAGAUUUCAACUUCUAUAAGACACUUUGGAAUUUACAGGAAUACUUCUGCAAUCCGCCAUCCCUGAUUAAUGCUCCUGGCAAGUGGCAUAAAUUUACAUCCGGUUUGAUGAUAGUGCUAAAUACUUUUGAGGCUCAGCCUUUAAGCGAUGAAGAGGGCAAUGCUCAUAACCUUGAGGAUGACGCUGCAACCUUUAACAUAAAAUAUCUUACAAGCAGUAAACUUAUGGGUCUCGAGCUGAAAGAUCCUAGUUUCAGGCGCCACGUUCUGGUUCAAAGUCUCAUUCUGUUUGACUAUUUGAAGGCACCGGGAAAAAGUGAGAAGGAAUUGCCCUCUGAAGCAAUGGAGGAGGAAAUAAAGACUAGUGAAGAGCGGGUAAAGAAGCUUCUUGAAAUGACUCCACCCAAAGGAAAAGAUUUCCUUUGUAGCAUUGAGCACAUAUUGGAGCGUGAAAGGAAUUGGGUUUGGUGGAAACGUGAUGGCUGCCCUCCAUUUGAGAAGCAACCCAUAGAGAAAAAGCCGGUUCAAGGUGGAACCAAAAAACGUCGGCCACGAUGGAGGCUUGGAAACAAAGAACUCUCUCAAUUGUGGAAAUGGGCAGAUCAGUAUCCGAAUGCUUUAACUGAUACUCAACGUGUGUGCACUCCCUCUAUCACAGAUUACUGGAAACCUCUGGCAGAAGAUAUGGAUGAAUCUGCUGGAAUAGAAGCAGAAUACCAUCACAAAAAUAACCGGGUCUAUUGCUGGAAAGGUUUGCGGUUUUCAGCCCGCCAAGACUUGGAGGGAUUUUCCAGAUUUACAGAGCAUGGUAUUGAGGGGGUUGUGCCUCUGGAACUUUUGCCUGCUGAAGUACGGGCCAGAUAUCAAGCUAAGCCAAGUGAAAGGACUAAGCGGGCUAAGAAGGAGGAAACAAAAACCUCAGCGCAGCAAGCAGAAGAAAAUCAGAUUGUGACAGCAGCAAGUGAGAUGGACAAUGAAGGGGAGCGCGCUGAUCCUGACGCAUCAGUUGCUCCAAUUGACGCAGACACGAGAAUUGCUACUGUUACCAUAUCUCAGGAAGAAACUCCAACUCCAGAAGAUAACCAGAAGCAAAGCUCUGAUACAGAUGUUGCUCAAGAAGCAGGGCAGAUGGAAGCAGACACAGAAGCAGAGACGGGGAUGAUUGAUGGAGAAACAGAUGCGGAUGUUGAUCUAGAUGCUGUAGGCUAAUCCAACUUUGUAUCGGUCUGUGCAACUUCCCCCCUUUCUUUGGGGACAAUUCAACUAAAAUUGUUUUUAGGACACACAAUAAUCUGCAAGUAUCGAAAUUGUAUUUUGAUGAUAUUUCUGAAACAAACACAAAAGAACAGCCUACAUGGCAAACUAAAAUUUAAAUUAUGUUC